CACAAUUUCUGGCCAAGCAGUUGCACGGUGGACAAUUGGACGUAAUGCAUCUCGGCAAAUUAAUGCGCCUGAUUUGUUUUUAGAAACGGAGUUUAUGACCGGUCGGUGGAGAGGAUACAGAGCCGCAGUAGGCUACCAUUCGCUGUCAGGGCUACUGUUUUUUUGUUGAUGUCAUCGGUAGCCGUGUUCGAACAGGAGCGACCGUCAAUUUAUAGUCAGGAUUACUAGAAUAACAAAAUAAAGCCCACAAUAAAAAAAGUCGCAAGUUUUUUUUGUGCGCACAGUGAGUAUGGGAAUUCUAACGCACUGUGUUUUACUUUUUUUAUUCCAGCAUUUGACGUCCGCUUAUGAUUUUAAAGAAGGACUAGAUAACGGACAGUAUGCAUUUGUGAAAGAUCCUAGUUUGAAUAUCGAAAAGAGAUCUGCAGAUGUAGAAUUAUUCCAGUUUGACUCUGAAUCAUCCGAACACAUUCGGAGCAGGAGAAGCGCUGAUCAAGGGGACUGUAAAAGUCUCCAGGGAUUCGACACCAAGUUGACUAACAACACCCACACCUAUUCCUUCAAUGACCUGAGUGGGUCCGUGUCACUGGCCUGGGUUGGAGACGCCACCGGGGUCAUCCUGGCUUUGACAACAUUCCAGGUUCCAUUCUUCAUGUUGAGAUUCGCCCAGUCUAAACUCUAUCGAAGUGAGAACUAUGGGAAGUCGUUCCAGGAUGUCACAAACCUCAUCAACAACACUUUCAUCAGGACAGAGUUUGGGAUCGCCAUCGGACCAGAGAACUCUGGGAAGGUGAUCCUGACAGGUGAUGUGUCUGGCAGCCUGGGAUCUCGUAUCUUUAUCUCCAGAGACUUUGGGAACAGCUUUGAGCAGCAGGACCUUCCCUUCAACCCCCUGAUGCAGAUCACAUACAACCCCAGAGAUGCCAACGUUCUCCUGGUUACCAGCAACACUAACGAGCUCUGGCUGUCAGAGGACUUUGGAGAGAACUGGAGGAAGAUCCAUGACAUGGUGUGUCUGUUCAAAUGGGGGAUGGACAGUAACAUAUUCUUCACCACCAGCCUCAAUGGAUCCUGCAAUGACAGAGGGAUGCUGGACUUGAGGAGGACGACGGACUAUGGGAAGACCAUCAAGACUGUUGCCACUAAGAUCUUCUCUUUCGGCCUGGGGGGAAAGUUUCUGUUUGCCUCUGUUAUGACUGGAACUGGCACUCUGAGGAGGAUCCAUGUGUCGACUAACCAGGGGGAUGAGUGGAACAUGGCUCAGCUGCCUCCGGUUGGCCACGAGGAGUUCUAUUCCAUCCUGGCAGCCAAUGAGGAUAUGGUGUUCAUGCACGUGGAUGAACCAGGAGACACAGGCUAUGGCACCAUCUACGUGUCAGACGACAGGGGUACGGUGUACUCUAAGUCUCUGGAGCGUCACCUCUACACCACCACAGGGGGAGACACUGACUUCACCAACGUUACCUCUCUACGAGGGGUCUUCAUCACCAGUAUACUGGCAGAGGAUGGCUCGGUGCAGUCCGUGGUGUCCUUCGACCAGGGAGGGGAAUGGGUGCCCCUGCAGAAACCUGCCAACACAAAGUGUGACUCCACAGCCAAAGACCCUGACAAGUGCAGUCUCCACAUCCACGCAGCUUACAGCGAGGCUAUGAAGCUGAACGUCCCCAUGCUGCCUCUCAGUGAACCAAACGCUGUAGGACUCAUCAUGGCUCACGGGAGUGUGGGCGAUGUCAUCUCUGUGAUGAAGCCUGACGUAUUCGUGUCAGAUGAUGGCGGUUACACCUGGCUACAGGCCCUGGAGGGACCUCACCACUAUGCCAUCCUGGACUCUGGUGGACUCCUGGUGGCCGUGGAGCACUCUGCUCAGCUCAUCAAAGACAUCAAGUUUUCCACAGACGAGGGCCAGUGCUGGCACGUUCACCAGUUCACCAGCGAUCCCAUCCACUUCACAGGGCUAGCGGUGGAGCCGGGGGCGAGGUCUAUGAACGUCAGUGUCUGGGGCUACAGAGACUCUCUGCUCAGUCAGUACUGGGUAUCUGUCACCGUUGACUUCCGAGAGCUGCUCACUAGAACCUGUGAGGACCAGGACUACGUGCAGUGGCUGGCACACUCUGAUGACAUCAGCGACCCUAACGACGGCUGUAUGCUGGGUUACAAGGAGAAGUUACUGCGUCUAAGGAAGGCCUCGGUCUGCUGGAACGGACGGGACUAUGAGGUCAACAAGCAACCCACCCCCUGCCUCUGCACCCUGGAUGACUUUCUGUGUGACUUUGGGUACUAUCGUAAAGAGAACAGCUCUGAGUGUGUGGAGCAGCCGGACCUGAAGGGCCACCUUCUGGAGUUCUGUCUGCAAGGCAAGGAGGAGCUGCUGCAGACCAGAGGCUAUAGGAAGAUCCCCGGGGAUAAGUGUGAGGGAGGAACACAGCCGGAGAGAAAAGAGAUCGACCUCAGUAAGAGGUGUGUCAGUGAUCUGCUGGGACCUCAGGAACUACUGAUGGACGGCCAUCUGUCCAGCUCUGCACCCAUCAUAGUGACUGUUUUAAUCAUUGUGCUGCUCGCAAUCAUAGCUGGGGUCCUCAUCGUCAAGAAGUAUGUCUGCGGUGGCAGGUUCCUGGUACACAGCUACUCUGUCCUACAGCAGCAUGCUGAGGCCCAGGGACUAGACGAACCCCUAGACAGCAACCACACUCAGGCCAGAAACAUGGCCGACUUCCACGACGAUUCAGACGAGGAUCUUCUGGAGUAACAGGUUGAACAUGCAGCUCCCAAGAGGACCUACUCGUCUCCUGUCUGUCCUUUACAACCCAGAGACUCCUGCAGCUACAAGAGGAAUCUAGUCUCCUGGCUGUCCUUUACAACCCAGAGACUCCUGCAGCUACAAGAGGACCUACUCGUCUUCUGUCUGUCCUUUACAACCCAGAGACUCCUGCAGCUCCCAAGAGGACCUACUCGUCUCCUGUCUGUCCUUUACAACCCAGAGACUCCUGCAGCUACAAGAGGACCUACUCGUCUCCUGUCUGUCCUUUACAACCCAGAGACUCCUGCAGCUACAAGAGGAAUCUAGUCUCCUGUCUGUCCUUUACAACCCAGAGACUCCUGCAGCUACAAGAGGAAUCUAGUCUCCUGUCUGUCCUUUACAACCCAGAGACUCCUGCAGCUACAAGAGGACCUACUCGUCUCCUGUCUGUCCUUUACAACCCAGAGACUCCUGCAGCUACAAGAGGAAUCUAGUCUCCUGUCUGUCCUUUACAACCCAGAGAUUCCUGCAGCUACAAGAGGACCUACUCGUCUCCUGUCUGUCCUUUACAACCCAGAGAAUCCUGCAGCUACAAGAGGAAUCUAGUCUUCUGUCUGUCCUUUACAACCCAGAGACUCCUGCAGCUACAAGAGGAAUCUAGUCUCCUGUCUAUCCUUUACAACCCAGAGACUCCUGCAGCUACAAGAGGAAUCUAGUCUUCUGUCUGUCCUUUACAACCCAGAGACUCCUGCAGCUACAAGAGGAAUCUAGUCUCCUGUCUGUCCUUUUACAACCCAGAGACUCCUGCAGCUACAAGAGGAAUCUAGUCUUCUGUCUGUCCUUUACAACCCAGAGACUCCUGCAGCUACAAGAGGAAUCUAGUCUCCUGUCUGUCCUGAGGCUCACUGCUCUACAUCGAAGAACACGUUUCUUCUCUCUGUACAACCAGAGGCUCGCUGCUGCUGCUCUCUUCUUCGCCUCCUGCUACUUCCUCCUUCCCUCCCUCCACCAUGACCCUUGACCUCUAACCCCUGACCUUCCAGCGCCUGGCGGAGAGUUGUUCCAGUACAGCUCUCAUCAGUGAGGUAUCCAAUGAGGCUUUGUGAUCUGAGUGAAACACAGCCAGAAUUCAGCAGGAGAGCAGAGGUCCAAUCGUUAUGGUUGAUUUUAAAAAAACAAUUUAGUCUCCAAGUUCCUUUUCUGUUGGGAUGGAAUGGUGUGAUGGUUCUGGAAUGCUGGUGAAUCUGGAAUCAUGGAACCGUUGUUUUAGAAGCUGUUUUAUGGUCUUUGGGAGCUUCUCUUAAUAUCUACUGUAGCUAGACUCUUCAAAACAAGUGACUGUAAACAGCACCAUGAUGACAUUACGGGUUAUACAUGCCUCUCCCAUUGCUUGGGACUGGGGAUCUUGGGAAAUAUUACGUAUACGUUUCUAUUGAAGACAUGUCCUUUUCCCCUCCCCUGCACUUACAUAAAGAUCUUUCAUUUUUCAUUGAUGUGAUUCAGGGUUGGGACUAUGGUAAAUAGUUUGUAGUUGGUUACUGUGGCUUGGUAAAAUUACUCUACCAAGCCACCCUAUUCUUAACUAUUUUGAACUAUUUUGCCUAAAUGAUAAGAUGCAAGUGGAAAUAUUUAUAAGCAUUUAAAGUUGGAUAGCAAUAACAUGUUUAGAUCCACUGUAUCAACACGCUAAGCUUUCAUAGCAGGACUCAACCUCCUCCUCUAAACUAAAGGGAUUCAUCCUAACAUGAGAAUUGUGUACCUAACUCAAACAUUCACCUUCUAAAUCAUGCAUCGUUUUUUUUUUUUAACUCAAGUUAUGAUUUGUCUAUAUUAGAACAAUAGACUUAUUCUAUCUAAACAGUGUAUGCAGUUGUGACUGCCAGAAGCAGUGAAAAAAACCUCUGUUUAGUUUGAGUCAGAGGGGGGGAAAUGUAGUAUACAAAAAGCUAUUCACCUCAUGCCUCCUCAUUUCUCUACACAAAUUAUGUUUAAUAUGUUGAGCUAAUCCUACACAAGUGAAAGUAGACCCCAAUGUGAAGGAAGGACUAUAGGAAUCAAUCGAACGUAAACACAGGCGCUAAGGCCACAUUUUGUUUUUAGAAAUGUAAUAACUGUCACAUAGAUCUGGACAUCUUUGACGAAGCCAUUUUUGUUAGAAUAAAUUGUUUUAUAAACUUAACAACGUUGUAUGGAUGUCUAGCAGUUUUGCCACUGGCGUGUCUGUUUUCAGUGUGUAGAACAAACCUCUUGUCUGUAUGUACUGUACACUCGUAUCUUAAUAUGAUGAGCUAAUAUUACUGAAUUACACAUUUUAUUGUGGUCACCACAUUACCUGAAAAAUGUCAUUGACUUAAGUUUCACCUAGACUAGGGUCAUUCUAGCCUCGGGAGCCCAUUUGGAACAAUGGCCUUGGGAGACUAGGGUCAUUCUAGCCUCGGAAGCCCAUUUGGAAUGAUGGCCUUGGGAGACUAGGGUCAUUCUAGCCUCGGAAGCCCAUUUGGAAUGAUGGCCUUGGGAGACUAGGGUCAUUCUAGCCUCGGAAACCCAUUUGGAACGAUGGCCUUGGGAGACUAGGGUCAUUCUAGCCUCAGAAACCCAUUUGGAACGAUGGCCUUGGGAGACUAGGGUCAUUCUAGCCUCAGAAACCCAUUUGGAACGAUGGCCUUGGGAGACUAGGGUCAUUCUAGCCUCAGAAACCCAUUUGGAACGAUAGCCUUGGGAGACUAGGGUCCUUCUAACUGGGAGUAUACACCUGACAGGCGGUUUCCAUUUGUUCCUAAUACUAUAGUCAGAUACAAUUGUUUUUAGAAUAAUACAUGUACAGAGUAGAAGCUAAAUUAACACUUCUUGUAGGCUUGAAUGUUGGAGAAACAAGGCACUGAUGAUAGCUUCCCAUUUGAACUAGGCUACUUUAAAUACUGUGGAGUCACAUGAUCUCUCUCUCUCAAUAGUUUGCCGUUUUAAAACAUUUGUUGCGCCAUCCUUUCCUCUUCCUCUCUCUUCUCUUGUCUUCCACGCCCCUUUACAUGGUGAACUGGUAUUUAUUUAGAAUGAUCUGAUUGAUUCGGAGUGCAGUAAUGUAACUUAUUGUGUGGAUGGUUAUACAAAUCAAAUCACAUUUUAUUGGUCACAUACACAAAAGUGUCUAGUAGAGGGGGUAGGGUCUGUCCAGUGUGUGUGUGUGUGUGUGGGGGGGGGGGGUCUGUCUAGUAGAGGGGGUAGGGUCUGUCCAGUGGGGGGUGGGGGGGGGGGUCUGUCUAGUAGGGUCUGUCUAGUAGAGGGGGUAGGGUCUGUCCAAUAGAGUCUUUCUAGAAGGGGAGGUAGGAUCUGUCUAUGAGGGUCUGUCUAGGAGGUUCUGUCUAGUAGUGGGGGUAGGGUCUGUCUAGUAGUCUUUCUAGAAGGGAGGGGGGUCUGUCUAGGAGGGGGGAGGGUCUGUCUAGGAAGGAGGAGGGUCUGUCUAGUAAGGGCUGUCUAGUAGGGUCUCUCUAAUAGAGGGGUCUGUCUAGUAGGGUCUGUCCUGUGGGGUCUGUCUAGGAGGGGGAGGGGUCUGCCUAGUAGGGUCUGUCUAGUAGAGGGGUAGGGUCUGUCUAGGAGGGUCUGUCCUGGGGGGGGGACACACCCCUAGAUCGGCUAACUAUGUAAGAGCCAUUUUAAUGAUUCCAUUUCUUGAAUUCAAACCAAUAAGACAUUACAUGUUGACCUGCAAUACCAACUACCCUGUUGUUUUGUAGAAUAGUCCUCAGACUUCUCCUCUACCCAUAAUGCAAUGGGAACAACAUAACCCAAUUUAAUUUUACUCCCUGAUCAUGCAAUACAGCUUUAUUUGUCCAUUGUGAAACAGACAAAUGGAAUGUUUCAUCCAACCUAUAUUUGGUGUUUGGUUUGUACAUUACUGUACCCACAUUUGCACAGGAUUGAAAGAAUUAGCGAAAUCUCAAUUGGCAGAACCAAGCCAACACAUACUGUAGCUGCUAAAACACGAGGAAGACACUUGUUCUGAAGGUUUUAUGUAUUGAGAUUUGAAAGGUGACAUCUUUAUUACAUUUUAAAAUAGCUGUAUAAAGUUAUAAUGCAAUGUGAGAAAGUUCUGGAAUCGUUACAUCUUUGUAUCUGCUGUGUAGUUCAAUAUAUUUGAGGUGAUUUUGCUUUGGGUUAUUGGCUAAUAAAUCAACUUGUUCCUUUGAUAAGUUUUCUGCUCAUAUAUAUAUUGCAUAAGAGUAGAUUUUAUUUUGUUAAUGUUCAGAAAAACAACUUGAUACAAGAAUGUAAAAUCAAACCUUAACAGAUGAAUGGUAAAUAAUGUGACAUUAUCAGUCUGUCAUCUUUAAAUAAAGGUUGCAUAUUACUGCA